GAAAGAUAUAAAAUGGAGAUGGAAACAAAGGAUGUGAUCGAAAGAAAAUACGAAAUUAAAGUUGUUUGGCCUAUGGUGCUGCUAGCUUCUCUUAUUGUUGCUGGAAUAUUAACAGGAUUUUAUUGCAUGCUUUUUGAAAAUGUUAGUGGAGCCACCUACAUAUGGACAAUUAUUGUGUUUUUGCUCGGAGGCAUUGGCAUCGGACCCGGCGCACACCGCUACUUUUGUCAUCGUUCCUAUAAAACUAGUCGUGGGGUGAAAGUAUUUAUGAUUAUUUGUCAACAAAUUUCAGGAUUGAAAUCCUUGCAUAGCUGGUGUAGAAUCCAUAGAACUCAUCAUAAAUUUUCCGACACUGACAGAGACCCAACAAAUAUAAAUCGAGGAUUUUUCUUCUCGUUUGUUGGAUGGCUUUUAAUCAGGCGCACUCCUGAAUGUAAAGCAGAAAUGAAUAGAAUUUUUAUGGAUGAUUUAAAGGCUGACAGUGAUCUGGUCUUCCAAUUUAAAUAUUACCCAAUACUUUACAUGACAAUAACACUCGGACUUCCAAUAUUUAUUCCUUAUUAUUUCUGGAACGAGUCAAUUUUAAUUGGAUUUGGAAUGAACAUGUUUAGGUAUGGACUCAACAUUUUUCAGCAAUUUGUAGGAAACAGCCUGCUCCACAUGAAUGGAAGAAAACCAUAUGACAAAUCAUUUUCAGCUAUCGACAAUGCUUUAUACAACAUAAUAACACUUGGUGAAGGAUACCACAAUUUUCAUCAUGCAUUUCCAUUCGACUAUCGCAGCAAUGAACUCUUUGAGUUUUCACAUUUGGCAUCAUUAACCAAUCUUUAUAUUGAUGUAAUGGCUGCUUUAGGGUUAAUUUAUGACAGAAAAUUUGCACCACCUCAUAUGAUUGCUAGGAGGGUGGCAAGAACUGGAGAUAGAAGUCAUAUUUUGUCGAAAUUAAAUUCAAAAGACAAUACACUUUGGGGUUAUGGAGAUCCUGAUAUGCAUCCUGAUGAAAAACGAGAUUUGGAACAUGUGGAAACUUCAGAAAAAAUUGUGAACCUUCAAAGUAUUACAGCAGUAAUUAAGAAAUAUAGGAUAUAAUCUCCCCAUAACAGCUGCAUGUGUGUAUACUAAUGUAAAACAAGUCGGGUUCAAUGGGAAUCGAACCCACGAUCUCAGAAAUGGCGAUAUAAGACCAUUCGAUCAGAGAUCCCUGUCACUCGUCCAUAGAGGUGCUUAUCUCACUUCAACUAUUCUUCAUACACAUAUAACCAGUUUCAACGCGAGCCCUAUGCUCAGGCCUUUUUACUACAUGUAUGCUAUUCG